AAAGGUAAAAAAGAGAGAGAGAGAGAGAGAGAAUAAAAGGGAGAAAGAGAGGGUGGGGUUGAGGUUUGUGUAUGUGUUUGUGUAUUUGCAUGACACCAAAUCACCCAAGAAGAACAGCAGCAACAACUACUACUAGUAGUACUGUUAUACAGUAAUAUAUAUUUCUUGUUUUGAAGAUUUUCAUUUAAAACGCAAAAGGAAAACUGUGGGGUGAGGAAGGAGAAGGAGAAGGAGGAGGAGAUGAAAGGGGAGGCUUCAGGUGUCCAUGGGUUGAUCCAUUUUCUUUCUCUCUUUUCUCCCUUUUCCUUGAUUUAGCUUUGCUAUCAGAUUCUUUCUUCCCUUUCUGGAUUUCCCGUGCUAAUUACCACCCGAAAGCUUGAUUCGAUUGCCCGAGUUUUACGGGUUGGAGAUAAGGUUUCAGAAGAGCUUAAAUUGCAUGUGGGGUGUGUUGUUUCUGGAUUCUAGAUUGCUUUCCGUGGAGAGGAAGAGCUAGAGAGGCAACAGCAGCAGCAGCAGCAGAAGAAGCAAUUUGAAAAAGAAGAAGGUACAGAAAAGGUAAAUUUGUUCAAGAUGGCCGCUUCUUCAACGCCUGCGCAGUUGUUUGGAAUCAGAGAGGAGGAGCAGAAUCAGGUGAAACAACAACAUUCCGCCGUGCCAUCCUCAUCGAACGCCCCAGCUGCAGCCCCCCCGAAGAAGAAGAGAAAUCAACCUGGAACUCCAAAUCCAGAUGCAGAGGUCAUUGCACUCUCUCCAAAGACCCUAAUGGCCACAAAUAGAUUUAUAUGUGAGGUGUGUAACAAGGGGUUCCAAAGGGAGCAAAACUUACAGCUCCACAGAAGAGGACACAACCUACCCUGGAAGCUUAAGCAGAAGACAACAAAAGAAGUGAGAAGGAAGGUGUAUUUGUGUCCGGAACCUGGUUGCGUUCACCAUGACCCGGCUCGGGCUCUUGGCGACCUCACUGGUAUAAAGAAGCACUACUCAAGGAAGCAUGGAGAAAAGAAAUGGAAGUGUGAGAAGUGCUCUAAGAGGUAUGCCGUUCAAUCAGAUUGGAAAGCCCAUUCCAAGACCUGUGGUACGAGAGAAUACAGAUGUGAUUGUGGUACCCUCUUCUCAAGGCGUGACAGCUUCAUUACUCACAGGGCCUUCUGCGAUGCGCUCGCGCAGGAAAGUGCAAGACAUCCGACGCCAAUGAGCACCAUUGGCAGUCAUCUCUAUGGAAGUAGUAACAUGGGGUUAGGCUUGUCUCAGGUGGGUCCCCAAAUUUCAUCCAUGCCAGAUCAGAGCCAUCAACCUGGUGACAUGCUUCGACUUGGAGGUGCCCGGGCUGGGCAAUUCGACCAUCUGAUUCCACCUGCGAUUGGUUCGUCAUCCUUCCGAACGCAGCAGCCCAUGCCUUCUCAAGCCUUCUACAUUCCUGAGCCAAACCAGGAAUUUCAUGAAGACCAGCAAUCUCAACAUGGGGGGUUGUUGACGAACAAGCCAUUCCAUGGACUGGUUCAUCUUCCUGAUCUGCAAAACAACACAAACAACCCUUCUUCUGCUGCUAAUCUGUUCAAUCUCAGCUUCUUUUCCAACAGCAGCAAUACCAACAGCAUGCUCAGUAACACCAACAAUGCCAAUAACAGCACUAAUAUGCCAUCUUCAGGGUUGUUGAUUUCUGACCAGUUCAACACUGUAAAUGGAGGUAGUGGUAGCGAAAGGAAUAAUCUCUUCCCAAGUAACAUAAUCGGGGAUCAAAUCAGCUCUGGGGUCCCUUCUCUCUUCAGCACAUCUCUCCAAAAUGAAAAUGCAGUUUCGCAUAUGUCUGCAACUGCAUUGCUUCAGAAAGCGGCACAAAUGGGAUCGACCUCGAGCAACAACAGUGCCUCCUUGCUCCGAGGCUUUGCAGGUUCUUCCUCCGCCAACGCAAAAUCUGAUAGGCCUCUUGUUGGCCCCAACUUCGGGGGUGUUUUUGGGGAAAACGAAAGCCACCUUCAGGACCUGAUGAAUUCUCUUGGUGGUGGGAGCUCGUCCAUCUUUGGUGGUGGGUCUGGAGGGGUGAAUGCAUAUAGUGGACAUGAGAAUGAGAACACCUAUGGAGGAUUCAAUGCAAAUAGGUCUACUCUGGAACAACAACAGCAACAGCAGCAGCAGCAUCGCCAUGGCCCAAACUUUUGCAACAUAGAUGAAAUCAAGCUCCACCAGAAUCUGACUGCUAAUGGGGGCUCUGAUAGACUAACCAGAGAUUUUCUAGGGGUGGGGCAGAUGGUUAGAACCAUCAGUGGAGGAUUUUCACAGAGAGACCUACCACCUCCUGGUAUUAAUAUCAGCACCUUGGAUUCAGAGAGAAGCAGUGCACAGACAAGCCAAGCUUUUGGUGGUGGGAAUUUUCAGUGAUACAAGAAGAGAUAACGAGGAAAAAGAAACAACUACAAGUCCAGGAACUCUGGCUGUUCCAUGGAAAUGCCUUUUUCCUCUUCUUGUGGAGUAGAACUCUCUGGAUGGAUGAUGAUGUUUUGACUUGUUGAUCUCAGACAAUGGAAAACACAGGCAGCUUUUGCUUCUCCAAGCAAUUUCCGGUUCCUUUUUUCUUUUUCCUUUUCUUUUUCUUUUUUCUUUUUUCUUUUUUGGCUUACCCUCAAGUGUACUGGGAAUACAGGUAGACCCUCUGAUAUUUUGGUUAAUGACUUUAGCUGCAGAUGGUCCAUUUCGAUCUGUUUCCUUUUGAACUAGUGGCUGUUAAUGCAUUUUCAGUUAUCUGGAAAAUUAGGAGAUAGGAGCUUUAAUUUACGGUAUAUCACCAAACCCACACAGUUGUGUUGAACUUAGGGUUCCUUAUGGAGUUUUUGUAAGACAAGUAUGAGACAAUAAUAUGCAUGUGGCUUCAAACAGCAUCAAUCUUACGCAUUUGGUCUCUUCCUAUA